CAAAACAUAAACAUAGUUCAUUUAUGUAUUGUUUGGAAUGAUAUUUUUUAACUAUAAAUCUCUUGCACUUAUAAGUGGGAAUUUUCGUUUUAAUUCAUAGAAAAUAUUGGUGAUAUCUCCCAGAUUACAAGAAUGUCUUCAAGUACAAAGCGUACUGUUUAUGUCGGUGGUUUAGCAGAGGAAGUGAACAAAGAUAUUAUUCAUGCUGCUUUCAUUCCUUUUGGUGAAAUAAUUGAUAUUCAGAUUCCAUUAGAUUAUGAAACACAAAAGCAUCGAGGAUUUGCAUUUGUGGAAUUCGAAGCAGCAGAGGAAGCUGCUGCUGCUAUAGAUAAUAUGAAUGAUUCUGAACUCUUUGGGAGAACAAUACGUGUGAAUUUAGCAAAACCUAUGAGGAUAAAAGAAGGUUCUACCAGAGCAGUGUGGUCUGAUGAUAACUGGCUUAAAGAGCAUGCUGGUGAAACUCUCCAAGCAGAUGAAACAGAAGAUGGUGAAAAUAAAAGAAAACAUGAUGAAGAUGAGGAGGAAGAUCCUGAAAGAAAAAGACAAAAAUCCAAUCCAAUUGUUUACUUUGACAUAUCUAUUGAUGGUCAAGAAAUUGGGAGGAUACAGAUAAUGCUUAGAAAAGACAUAGUUCCUCUUACAGCUGAAAACUUUCGCUGUUUGUGUACACACGAAAAAGGAUAUGGAUACAGAGGAAGUAUAUUUCAUCGUAUAAUACCACAAUUUAUGUGUCAGGGUGGCGACAUCACUAAAAAUGAUGGAACUGGAGGACGUUCAAUAUAUGGGAGAAAGUUUGAAGAUGAAAACUUCACUUUAAAACAUGUUGGGCCAGGUUUGCUUUCCAUGGCCAACUCUGGUCCAAAUACCAACAGCUCUCAGUUUUUCCUUACAACAGCUAAAACAGAGUGGUUGGAUGGUAAACAUGUAGUGUUUGGUCAGGUGGUUAGUGGGAUGGAAGUAGUUAAGAGAAUGGAGAAAUGUGGUUCUCAGCUUGGAAAACCAUCACAGAAAGUUGUAAUCAGUAAUUGUGGACAAUUAUCUUGAUUUAUAUGUAAAACUUUUUAUUAAUAAAUUGUGUAUUAUAUUAUGUAAAAA